AUGGGCACAAGUUGUGGGACACGAAUACCACUAUGGAUAUCAAUACUCGCACUUGCCUUCAUACAGAUCAAAGUUCAAGCCCAGGAGGAUGAACAACAAACAAACUAUGUUUCCCCAUCCAUCCUGCAGCGACAAAAACAUUUUCCACCAGCUUUGAAAUCCCAAGAAGUAACAAUAAUUCCACCUUUUCAAAACACACUGAAAGUAAAGGCUGGCAACCCCUCUCACAAUGGCCGCGUGUGCAGCACAUGGGGUAACUUCCACUUCAAGACCUUUGACGGGGACAUCUUUUACUUCCCUGGGGUUUGCAAUUACAUCUUUGCAUCCAACUGCAAAUCUCCCUAUGAGGACUUCAACAUCCAGAUAAGGCGUACAAUGGUGGAAAACGCUACCAUGAUCACUCACGUUGUCAUGAAGCUGGAAGGAGUAGUGAUUGAACUGACUCGUGGCUCUGUCCUGCUUGAUGGCAAAUCGGUUCAGAUGCCCUACAGCCAUAUGGGAAUCUUGAUAGAGAGAAGUAACAGUUAUUUGAAAGUUUCUGCCAAGUUAGGACUGACCUUCCUUUGGAAUGAAGAGGAUGCCCUCCUGGUGGAACUAGAUAAGAAAUAUGCCAAUCAAACCUGUGGACUUUGUGGGGACUUCAAUGGAAUUCCAGUUAGCAAUGAAUUUAUUUCAGAGAAGACAAAACUGACUCCCAUACAGUUUGGGAAUAGGCAGAAGAUGGAUGGACCCACAGAGCAGUGUGCUGACCCUAUUCCUCCUGCUGUUCUGAUGAACUGCUCAGCUGAAUUUGCUUCUAUCUGUGAGACAGUAUUAACUAGUAAAGCAUUUACAAGCUGUAACGCACUUGUGAAUGUUCAGGACUACAUUGAAACUUGCAUACAAGACCUAUGCCACUCUGAUAGUUCUAUGGCUGACUUCUGCAUGUGCAACACCUUUGCUGAAUACUCCCGGCAGUGCGCUCAUGCAGGUGGACAGCCUCUGAACUGGAGAACCUCAGAACUGUGUCCCAAAUUAUGUCCUUUCAACAUGCAAUACCAGGAGUGUGGCUCCCCCUGCUCUGACACAUGCAGCAACCCGGAACGAUCUGCACUUUGUGAAGAUCAUUGUACAGAUGGCUGCGUCUGUCCUCCAGGAAUGGUAUUUGAUGACAUUAAUGGUGCUGGCUGCAUUCCCCGUAAAGAAUGCCACUGUACCUAUGAAGGUGAAACUUACGCUCCUGGUGCCUCCUUCUCAUCUAAAUGCAGAUCAUGUACCUGUGCUGGAGGUGAAUGGUCUUGUGUCACCCAGUCAUGCCCCGGGACUUGCAGUAUUGAAGGAGGCUCCCACAUUUCAACUUUUGAUGAGAAAUAUUAUUCCUUCUUCGGAGACUGUAGCUAUGUCCUAACCAAGCUCUGUGACAGCAACGAAUUCACUGUUCUGGGAGAUAUCCACAAGUGUGGCCUGACUGACACUGAGACAUGCCUCAAGGGUAUAGCCGUCAGCCUAAGUGGAGGACAAACUAACAUUGUGAUCCAGCCUUCCGGCAGUGUAUUUGUCAAUAUGAUCUACACACAGCUGCCAUUCUCUGCAGCAAAUGUCACCAUCUUCAGACCAUCAUCUUUCUUCAUCGUUCUGCAAACAACCUUUGGUCUUCAGCUACAGGUUCAGCUCGUGCCUCUCAUGCAACUUUUUAUAGACUUAGACCCAUCACAUAAAGGGCAGACCUGUGGUCUCUGUGGAAACUUCAAUGACAUGCAGACAGACGAUUUCAAAACCACCAGUGGUGUAAUAGAGGGGACUUCAGCUGCCUUUGGCAAUACUUGGAAAACUCGGGCUGAUUGUCCUGAUGCCAAAAACACCUUUGAGAACCCCUGCACUGUGAGCAUACAAAAUGACCAGUAUGCUCAGCACUGGUGUGGACUGCUCUCUGACACCAUGGGACCCUUUGCUGAAUGUCACUCAACAGUGAAUCCUGAAGUUUACCAGAAGAACUGCAUGUUUGACACGUGUAACUGUGAGAAGAGUGAGGACUGCAUGUGUGCUGCCCUUUCCAGCUAUGUCAGGGCCUGUGCCGCUAAAGGAGUUCUCCUCACUGGAUGGAGGAGAAAAGCCUGCACAAAAUACACCACCUUGUGUCCGAAAUCCUUGAAGUACACUUACAAUGUCGAUUCCUGUCAACCCACCUGCCGGUCUCUGAGUGAGCCUGAUAUCAUAUGCAGCAUCAAGUUUGUCCCAGUUGAUGGCUGCACCUGCAUAAAUGGAACCUACAUGGAUGAAAGUGGCAAAUGUGUGCCUGCUUCUAGCUGUCCUUGUUACUACAAAGGAAUGCCUCUGUCUUCUGGAGAAGUUAUUCAUGAUAAUGGUGUUGUCUGCACUUGCACCUAUGGAAAGCUGAGCUGCAUUGGAGAGAAACCGGAACCAGUCUGCAUACCUCCCAUGGUCUAUAUUGACUGUGGCAAUGCCACAGCAGAUGUGGUAGGAGCAGGAUGCCAGAAGAGCUGUCAGACUGUAGAUACGGAAUGCUACAGAACCCACUGUGUCUCUGGCUGUGUAUGUCCUCAUAACCAAGUGUUAGAUGGCAAAGGUGGCUGUAUAGCUCCAGAAGACUGUCCGUGUGUUCACAAUGGGAAUUCCUACAGUCCAGGAGAAUCAAUCAGAGUUGGCUGUAACAACUGCACAUGUAGAAACAGAAAAUGGCACUGCUCUGAGGAACCUUGCCUGGAAACCUGUUCUGUUUAUGGAGAUGGGCAUUACACCACCUUUGAUGGCAAACGUUUUGAUUUUGAAGGAGACUGUGAAUAUGUUCUGAUCCAGAACUACUGUGGUCAACAAGGUAUGAAUCAGGGAACCUUCAGAGUCAUCACUGAGAACAUUCCAUGUGGCACUACAGGAACCACCUGCUCUAAGUCUAUUAAAGUUUUCCUGGGAAACUAUGAGCUGGUACUCAGUGAUGGACACUCUGAUGUCAUCCAGAGGACACCUGGAGGAAAAAUGCCUUUCCAAAUCCGUUCCAUGGGCAUCUACCUGGUGGUUGACACUACCGUUGGCCUGAUACUCAUGUGGGACAAGAAAACCAGUAUAUUCAUCAAACUUAGUCCCAGCUUUCAGGGACAUGUCUGUGGACUUUGCGGAAACUAUGAUGGCAAUGGAAACAAUGACUUCACUACUCGCAGUCAGUCUGUGGUAGGAAAUGUGCUGGAGUUUGCCAAUAGCUGGAAAGUGUCUUCUAGUUGCCCAAAUGCCAAUCGCACCAAGGAUCCAUGCACUGCAAACCCAUACAGGAAAGCCUGGGCACAGAAGCAAUGCAGCAUCAUUACCAGUGAAGUGUUUGCGAAGUGUCACUCCCAAGUUGAACCAAAUGAAUAUUAUCAAGCAUGCGUGGAUGAUGCUUGUGCCUGUGACACUGGAGGAGACUGUGAAUGUUUCUGUACGGCAGUAGCUGCCUAUGCUCAAGCAUGCAAUGAGCUGGACGUCUGCAUUUCAUGGAGAACUCCAUCCAUUUGCCCUCUGUUCUGUGAUUACUACAAUCCACAAGGGGAAUGUGAGUGGCACUACAAGCCAUGUGGAGCCCCUUGUAUGAAGACCUGCAAUAAUCCAAGCGGGAACUGCCUUCAUGAGUUGAGAGGUUUGGAAGGCUGCUAUCCGCACUGUCCAAAGAAUAAGCCCUAUUUUGAUGAAGAAACCAUGACUUGUGUUUCUAACUGUGGUUGUUAUGAAAAUGGAAAAAAUUACAAACCAGGAAUGCAGAUGCCUUCAAAGCAGAAUUGUGAAUCAUGUGAAUGCACAAGUCAUGGCAAAAAAUGCAGAUACGAUGAAUAUGAAUGCAUCUGCAUUUAUGAGGGACAGAAAUACCACUAUAAAGAUGUGAUCUACAAUACUACAGAUGGCACGGGAGGGUGUAUUGUCGCAACCUGUGGUCCCAAUGGAACGCUUCAAAGGGUUGUCUAUGAAUGUCCAAUCUCAACAUCACCCACAACAACAACGUUUCACUUCAGCACUACGCCACCUGCCACUACUUCCACAGUGUCACCAACUACAUCAGUAUGUGUUCAUGAAGUCUGUGAGUGGUCAGAAUGGUAUGAUGGGAGUUUGCAAACCCCUGGCUAUGAUGGUGGAGAUUUUGAAACCUUUAAUGAUUUGAGAGCUAAAGGUUAUGACGUCUGUAAAGCUCCACGGGCUGUUCAAUGCAGAGCAGAGAAAUUCCCUAAUAUACCACUGAAAGACCUUGGCCAAAAAGUAGAAUGCAGUACAACAGCUGGGCUUAUAUGUUAUAACAAAGAUCAAAUUUCAACAAUGUGCAACAAUUAUGAAAUCAGAAUCUUAUGUUGUGUUUUUGUACCAUGCUCUUCCACAACACAUUUCAGCAUGUCAACACCAAUCACAAUUCCAGCUAAGAGCACAGAACCAUCAAGUUCAACUGAAGAAACGACAUCACUUUCAACCACUACAACAUUACCAGUUACUACAACUUCUGAAAGUACACCAUUCACACCUUCAGCCACUGAAGAAACAACCAGAAGUACAAUGACAAAGACAAUUCCUAUCACCACUUCUCCUUCAACAACUCCACUGUGCAUUAAAGAAGAAUGUUACUGGUCAAUGUGGUAUGACGUCAGUUAUCCAGGGUCCGGAUAUGAUGACGGAGAUUUUGAUACAAUUCAGAACAUUAAAAAAAAGGGAUACAAAGUCUGUGAUAACAGAAAGGCUGUUGAAUGCAGAGCA